UUCCGAGAUUGGGAUUACAAUUCCAUUCGCUACAAACCACUGUUUAAAUUGUUUCUGUGAGUUUGAGGAUUAAACGGGUUUAGAUCCACGGUUUGAGACUUAUUUUUUGAUUACUACAAUACUGAAAAGCAUAUAUUAAUAGUUACUAUACUCCCUACGGUUUUCGAAGAAACUACUCGAUCAUGCUUGCCGCACGUACAUUUCAUUCUCUCUCCCCUGGUUUUUUCCGCUCUACCUCUCAAUUGUUACGUCCUUCUAACUCCUUGGCUUCCUCUUCUUUAUUAAGAAAUGUAUGGAAACGCUCCGUUGUUACCGAACACAUGACCGACAUGGAAGGCCGUUCCCGUCUUGCUGAUCAGCGUCUUCGCCGUCCCAAUUCUCCCCAUUUGAGCAUUUAUGAGCCUCAACUUACAUGGUACUUAUCCAGUCUUCACCGUGUCACUGGCGUUGUUUUGGCUGGUACUCUUUAUCUUUUUGCUACUGGCUACUUAGUUGCUCCUUUGGCUGGUUACUCUCUUGAUACCGAGACUAUUUCUAGUCUUGUUCAACAAGUUCCUGCUUGGAUAAAGGUUCCUGCCAAAUUCGCCAUCUCCUAUCCCCUAACUUUCCACAUUUUCAACGGUCUUCGUCACUUGGUUUGGGAUACCACCAAAGAAUUGACUCUUAAGGGUGUCUAUCGUACUGGUUAUGCUGCCCUCAUCCUUUCUGUGUUGACUUCCGGCUACCUUGCCUUUGUUUAAGUUCAUCCUUAAUGGUUGAAAGAUAAACACUUCAUAUAUACUUACGUCUUCUCGACUUGUUCUUGAAGUUCCUAAGUACCUUUUUACGUCAAAUGUUUAAUUGCUUAAAUUGUCCACCCCCUCUAUAUUUUUUUUAUUUUUUUCAAAGAUGCUUCCGACAAUGUGGUAAUGAAUAUCCACUCUAAAUUUUUUAUUUUAGAAAAUACUAUGCCCGAUUUUUCGAGAAGCAAGUAAUGUGCAGAAAAAAGAAGCUUUGAAUUAUUGUCGAUAUUACUUGAUAGCUUAUUAAGUACAUUUCAUUCUAUAUCCAUUAAGUAAAACGCCGGA